AUGGACCAACUCGCCAACUCAACACUGGCAGAACCGCUCGACCUCGUUAAGCUUGCGCUUGGAGAGAGGGUGUUCAUCAAGCUUCGAGGCGAACGCACAGUCACUGGUAUCCUACAUGCAUACGACGCGCACAUGAACCUCGUCAUGUCCCAAGCGGAAGAAUCGAUACAUAUUGUGGAUGUGACGGAUGAUGGACAGGCGUUACCACCAAGAGUGGAAAAGAGGGAAGUGGAGAUGCUGUUCGUUCGAGGCGACGGUGUGAUUAUGAUUGCUCCUGCGCCCUAG